GCGCCCCCUAGAGGACACCUAUCAUCCACGCUCAACUGGGAAGCAUUACGCCUACCGUUAUUCACAUUUCUGAGCAACAUAAAUAACAAUAAAUUAUGAUCAUUUUAAUUAUGACCACACACAGCAUGAACGCUGAAUGUAUUUGAUAUAAUGUUUCAUAUCACUGCGGGAGGUUUUAUAAUGUUCACUGGACCGUAAUAUGGUAGGACAUAUGUCGUUUUAAAAUGUGACAAUAUUUAUUGUUAUGGAUUUAUUUGGACACAAAACAGUCAUCGUACUAAGUGAAAUGUGUAGAAAGAUCCCCGUCUCUUCUCCGGAGUCUGGUCACAUGCGCGCUCGGGCAUAAUGGCUGCACAGGAGCCCUCACCACCAUCUUCAUUAGAAGGCAACAAACCUGGCUUCCCCAAGAAAAUACUCGCCAACAAGCUGGAGGACAAGCAUCUGUGCAAUAUCUGUCAGAAAAUCCUUAGGAGACCGUUUCAGGCGCAGUGCGGACACCGUUUCUGUUCGUAUUGUUUUAAUAAAGCAGUGAGCUCUGGACCACAGAAAUGCAGUGCCUGUAUAAAAGAGGAUAUUUUUGAAGAGCCAACAUCUAUUUUGAAGCAAGGCUGCGCUUUUCCUGAUAAUGCUGCUAAACGAGAAGUUGAAGCUCUUGAAGCUGUUUGCAUCAAUGAGGAAUGCAGUUGGACGGGCACCAUCAAAGAAUAUGAGGCAAAUCAUGAGGGGAAGUGUGAAUUUAGGAUCCUACCCUGUCCAUUAUGCAAAGAGCUUUUGAGAGCCAACGAACUUGAGCGGCACAAUGAAAGAGAAUGCCCGGAAAGGACUCUUAAUUGUAAAUACUGCAAGGAGCCUUUUCAUUUCAAAAACAUUAAGGCCCACGAUGAGAUAUGUCCUAAAUACCCGAUGAUUUGUGAAGGCUGUGCCAAGAAAAAAAUUCCCAGAGAGAAAUAUGUGGACCACAUUAAACUGUGCACCAAAUUCAGAACUCCUUGCAGAUUUCAUGUUGUAGGCUGUGAUAUGACAGUGGAAAAGGAAAAGAUCCACGACCACGAGCAAGCCUGUUCCUACGAGCACCUAAACCUUUUACUGCACUUCAUCAUGGGCAUCAAGGUGAACUUGGAGAGUCUGCAGCCUCAGAGUCUGGAGUUGGCCAGCCACAAGAUCCACGAGCUGCAUCAGUCUCUGCGGGAGCUGGAGCUGAAGAUGGGCCAGCUGAGCGGAGCAGGGGCUUCCGUGCAGGGGGCUUGCGCUCCACUACCACCUCCGCUGGCUCCAACGCUUGGUACGUCUUUCACCCCUUUGCCUACCGCCAUUGGGGCAGCCUUGGAGCUUCAGCUACACAACGAGAAGACCAAAGUAGCAGAGCUCAGCCGACGCUGUCAAGAGCUGGAGCUGAAGGUAAGCACCUUUGAGAACAUUGUCUGCGUGCUCAACCGCGAGAUGGAGCGCUCUGCAACCACCAUGGAGGCCUAUAACCGCCAGCACCGGCUUGACCAAGACAAGAUUGAGAUACUUAACAACAAGGUACGGCAGUUGGAGAGGACGGUGGGACUAAGGGAUCUCUCCAUCGUGGAGAUGGAGGCAAAGAUGAGGGAGAUGUCUGCAGCCACCUACGAUGGCGUCUUUGUGUGGAAGAUCUCUGAUUUCUCAAAAAAGAGACAGGAUGCUGUAGCCGGACGUGCACCAGCUAUGUUCUCGCCUGCAUUUUACACAAGCAAAUAUGGCUAUAAGAUGUGUUUGCGCAUCUAUCUGAAUGGGGAUGGGACGGGACGUGGUACUCACUUGUCUCUGUUCUUCGUGGUGAUGAGGGGACACAGUGAUGCCUUGCUCAAGUGGCCUUUCAAUCAGAAGGUCACCCUGAUGUUGCUGGAUCAGAACAAUCGAGAGCACAUCAUAGAUGCUUUCCGGCCAGACAUCUCCUCUUCCUCCUUCCAGAGACCUGUCAGUGACAUGAACAUUGCCAGCGGAUGCCCCCUCUUCUGCCCUCUCUCUAAACUUGACUCCAAGAACUCCUACAUCCGAGAUGACACCAUCUUCAUCAAGGCCAUUGUUGACCUCACAGGCCUGUAAGAUGUCGCUGCUACUCUGCCAUUCUCAUUUCUCCAGCCUGUAGAGGUUCCCGUGCAAUACUCUUUCCCGAGGCCUGGUCCUUCGAUCUGAGCUCUUUGACGUGCUUGUUGCGAGCCCCGAAGAGACUCCGGGAACCAGUGCGGCACUUCGCUGGGAUUGACACCGCUCUGCAUUAUGUACCAAAAUUGUUCCCAGAUUCGUGUGCAGUUCUACUGUAAUAUAGUUUCCCUUUGGGAAUGCUCACUCUUUUAGAGCGAGAUGAUAGCUGUCAGCUGUGAUUGUAACGUAACUACUUGCCUGUGCCGUAAAUACGGCACCUUGCCUUUUAUAGAGAUUGACAAGACUUUCCUCACAAGAUAGACGCCAUUUCAUUUCCAAGCACUUGGCUUGUGUUGCAGUCACUAUUUGUGUACUAUUUCCUUUCUUAGUGUUCGAGCUACUCGUAAGUCAAUGUUUCGUGCGUAGCCAGACGUGGAAUCGCGUUGAUGUAUGACGUCGAUUCGUUCAUUUCGUGGCCGCAACUUGCUUCACAUUCUCAAUCGCUACUCUAAGCAUACGGUACGCAUCGACGGUCUUCUGACAUUCCCUUUUAGCAUUGUGUGCCUCAAAAGUCUUGUUUUCAUUGGUUCUCUCUAGUGGUGGACAUUGCUUGAAUUCCCUGAAGUCCAAAGCGUGGAAUUUGGGUCUCGUGAGUGAGGAGUCGUGCAUGUGAAGGUGUGACCUUUGUUUCCAUUUUUGGUGUUAUUUGAUGUAUUAGUUUGCAUGUUGGAUCUGUGGAAGAUACAUUCAAGUUAGCAACAGACCAGGUUUAAACCCUGGGCCUGAUAAGCAAAGGCAGUUUCAUUGUAAAUCUCUGUUGAAGAAAACAACCACGCUUGCGUUAAAACCAUCCGUUUUCUUUUCUAAAUCCUCACCGGCCGAUUAUAUUAUGGUCAUAUAUGGUUAUACAGGAACGCAGCCGUGAGUCUUAAGGUAGUGUAAGUAGGACAGAUAAUCUUGUGUGCUUUAUCGUGAUGUGGAAAGGCUGAUGUUCAAUAGCAUUUCAAUGUUUUCCUGUCUUUUGGGUGUUCUGUUGAUAUUGUGCUGCUUUGGCCAAACGGAUGCCAUUAAAACUAUGCGACUUGCUUUGGAUUGUGCCGAUCGGUAAGAACCAAGUAGGUGUUUAAAAAACGUAGUCAGUGAUUCCUGUCAUCCUUAUCUCAGAAAGGUCGUAGGUUUAAUGUUCUAGAAAAUGAGGAAUGUGAUUGUCGUUUUGAGGUAGCCUCAGUCUUUAAUAGACAGAUCAAUGCAUCUUUACUCCCAUGAGAUCAUUACAUGAGAAGAUUCUGUUAUUUGUGACCGGAGAAGGCGUUGCUAGACAUGUAGAAUGCAUAACUUCUACAUAAGGGCUUUUUUAGUAUACAGUACGUCUUCCAUGUGAGCUUUUCGGUCCGAUUCUUUUCGUAAAUGGAGUAUGAGAUGCUUUUUAAAGAUGCCUUCAUGCUAACAAAGCACCUCGACCCAGCCUAUUUUCAAACCAGUUCCCACAGAUAUCGAAACCUCUCUGUGCACGAGACGUUUUGAUAGAGAAGAUAAAAACAUAUUGUAAAUUAUUGGUUUACUUCGUAGACCUACGUUUUAUUUGUAUUGCUUUUUCUUUUUUAUCUGUUGAUUGAGAUGCAGAAUAUGGCGGUUAUAAAUGUGAGUGUGGUAUAUCAUUUAAGUAUAAAUAGAUAAACUAUACAGUGUACACGGUUGUAUGACUGGUGUAGCUGUGGAUAUAACAAAUAUGACUCAUAAAUAUAUAAAUAUAUUAUAGAUUUAUAUUAACAAUAAAUGUACUAUUUCCUGUUGGGAUGGUUUCAAAAUGUGUUUGGGCUCAUUUUGGGCUUUGGUAAGUUCUCCUCCAGUUUGGCAGACUCUUCUCUCAAGAACCUGUCUACAUGAAUAAGUCUCACCGUUGUAGAUUUCCCAGCUUGCUUUUUGCCCCCAAUGAGAUUUUAGAGUAUUUGUGAAUAGUUCUUCGGUGAUGUGCCUCUGUAGCAUAACUGCUUCUAAACAAAUGGUCUCUAUACAUAGCUUUAGCUGACAAUGCAUGUGGCAAGCAUGUCGUAUUGCAAGUCAUAUUAAAAGGAUUCUUUUUGAUCCAUUUUGAAAACACACCUUUGGUUUUGACAUGUCGAGUAGGCAUCACUUUUUUCAUUGUAGUAGUGCACACAUUUUUGCUUGUGCAAUUAUACAAGUGUCCUUCCUGUGAAAUCUACGGUUUGCAUUGUCUGGGGCCUGGGCUCAUAUUCAUACGCUAAAGAGGUGAAUAGAAAUUGGGGGAGCGCCCCAUUUAUUUGUAAGAAGUAAUAAGUUAUCAGACUUGAGUUUUAUCUUUGAAUUAGCGUACACUACACUAUAAACGUGAUAUUUUAAGUUUUUUUUUAAAUAUAAGUUUUUGCAUACAGUUGAGAUUUCAGCUCACAGAAAUAAUUAAUGGAAUACAGGACUGAUUUUUUUCAUAGAGUUUGCUUUAAUAAUCAAAGAUAUUUCUAUGUAACUUUGUAUGCCUUUCUCAUGGUGUGCCAGUGCCACUGAUCUUCCUGAUUCUGUUCUACAGAGCUAGAGAUGUAACUGUGAUGGCACUGUUGGUUUCUUCUGUGAAUUGUGGUAGUCGAUGUGCCAAGGAAGGAACCUUUGUGAUUCAUCCUGUGUUUUGGUUUAACCCUAGUGGAAUCUGAAAAUAAAGUAUUUUCUGUUCUCUUAUUUCUCCA